AUGCUAGACAAUCUUCCUGAGGAUAUUAUAAGCUCUAUUAUUCAUCUUUUAACUCAGAAAGAUCAAGCAACAUGUGUUCGCGUCUCUAGACACUGGCAUAAUAUAUUCCAAUCCUCAUUAUAUUCAACCAUCCAACUAAAGAACGAGCGAACAGGCAAUCUUUUCUUAAAAUCGGGAGUCAUGGAUAUAUCGAGUACAUCGGCCAGCGAUUUCAGAUAUCUUGUACGCUCGAUGACUUUGAGGUGGGCUAUUGGCCAAAAAGUAUAUCCCUGGCGUCUACUACUUCGAAGUUUUCCAUUUUUGGAGGACUUAAGUGUGUCUUCCAUGCUAUGGAAUAAUCUUGUGAAGGAGAAUGGCGCUUUGCCAAAUCUAACAAGACUAGCUACCAAUUGCAAAUACACUCCAAUUGACCUUUCGGAUGUAUACGCGAAAAACCUCACGCAUUUUUCAGCCAUGCGUUUUCAGAAAAGAUUACUGUGUAGCCUGAUUAUCAAGAUGCCAAUGUUAAAAGAUCUAACUAUCCAAGUCAUACAACAUACACCAGACGAAGGCUCUCCAAGCCUAGAAUUUCAAGAUAUUGAUAACAUACACGGUUCAUGCAAACAUAUUCAAACAAUCCACUUGCGAAAUCUUACUCUUGCAGGCAACGCUCUCAUUGAACAGUCCCAAGCAACCACCGUACGUUAUUUUAAAUUGAAAAAUGUUAAAGUAACUGAGCCUGAAUGGAUUGUGUACUUUAUCAAAAAAUAUCCAAGACUUCUCAAAAUUUCAAUACAAGUUAUUCGUGCACCUUGGGAUGAUCAGUUUAAUCCACGAAUGGUAUAUCGUUACGAGGAUGCCCUUGGCGAGAUUAAAUCCGGGUUUAUUUGGAGUGAUCUCGAGAUCCUGUCGCUUUCAAAUAUUACCGACAACAAAGCAUACUUCAGCACAUUGAGAUUGGUAAAGCUUCUUGCUCCUUCCUAUAAUCUCAAACAACUUGAGAUUUAUGGAAGUCGUGUAAAACCUUUCUCAGUUGAUUUGAAUAUCAACUGGGCUCUCAAGAACUUUUCAGGAUUACGCGUCUUGAAACUCAAUCGUAUCAAUGUCAUAUAUACUUCAAACGCCUCAUUUGUGAACUCUUGCCUUACACAUUUGGAGCUAGAUAUAAAUCAAUGCUCGGAUGAACUUUUGAAACUGGUUAACGAUAUCUGCCCACAAGCACAUCACAUAAUGUUAAUGUAA